GCCGUAUUGAUUAUCUUCUCGCAAUCGGUUGGAAAUAGAAAAGUGGGGAACUUAACCACAAAAUGUUUGAAUUGCUCUACAAGAUGUGACCGCAUUUGGAAAAUAUUUCGGAGAAUUAUUUUGUUGUUGCUUGUCCCAGAUUUCUAAACUCAGGAUAUUUUACCGGAUUUUACUUAAUUAAGGCUGAUUUCCAGCAUCUAAGAUGGACACGUUACUAAGGUUUCGACGCGAGGCGGAGAACCCUGGUCCACCAGACCUGGCCACCACUGUGUCCACAGUGAAGGCCUCUACAUCGGGAACAAAUCUUGACGCGAGUACGACAACUGAGGUUGCCAAAACAGGCAUCCACAAGAUCGAGGCUGAGGUGAUGGAACAGAUCAAUAAAUUGCCAGUCUGGGCGUUGGUCGCAAUAUGUGCGGGAGCCAUCCUGUUCCUACUGUGCUGUACAUACUGCAUCUGCAAGCGGUGCUGCUGCAAGAAACGCAAGAAGAAGGAAGGCAAGAAGGGCCUCAAAGGAAUUGUGGGCCUCGAAGAUGUGAAAAUACUUGGACACUCCAUGAAAGAAAAGGUCCAGCCUGACCUUGAUGAGCUGGAGGUCAACAUGGAGGACAAUGAGGACGCAGAGAGCACCAAGUCGGAGGUGAAGCUCGGAAAACUGCAAUUCUCACUCGACUAUGACUUCCAGAAAGGAGAGCUGUCUGUCGGAGUGAUCCAGGCAGCCGAUCUACCGGGGAUGGACAUGUCAGGAACGUCAGACCCCUAUGUCAAGGUCUACCUGCUCCCAGACAAGAAGAAAAAACAUGAGACAAAGGUUCACAGGAAAACACUCAACCCCGUCUUUAAUGAGACCUUCAUCUUCAAGGUUCCAUUUGCUGAGGUGGCUUCAAAGACACUGGUGUUUGCUGUGUACGACUUUGACCGAUUCUCGAAGCACGAUCAGAUUGGACAGGUGCAGGUUCCCCUGAACCAGGUCGACCUCGGGAAAACCCUUGAGGAGUGGCGCGAUCUCGCUAGCCCGGAAAAUGAGGAAAAGGAGAAUAAACUGGGGGACAUUUGUUUCUCCCUUCGAUAUGUUCCGACAGCGGGGAAGCUGACUGUUGUCAUUCUAGAAGCCAAAAAUCUCAAGAAAAUGGACGUCGGUGGACUGUCAGAUCCGUAUGUGAAAAUAGCUCUGUAUCAGGGGACUAAACGACUCAAGAAAAAGAAAACUACAAUUAAGAAACGAACACUCAACCCCUACUUCAAUGAGUCUUUUACGUUUGAAGUACCUUUUGAACAAAUUCAGAAAGUGACGCUGAUCAUCACUGUCGUUGAUUAUGAUCGUAUCGGAACGUCGGAGCCAAUUGGUCGUUGCAUGCUGGGAUGCAACUCAACAGGCACAGAGCUGCGUCACUGGAGCGACAUGCUCGCCAACCCGCGACGCCCGAUCGCCCAAUGGCACACACUACAGGAGGUUCCAGAGAAGAGUUAAGGAGAACCAGUCUGGAGAAAGGGGAUAUUUGAGAGUGAAAAACUGUGUACCAGUCAUGUUGAUCUUAAAAAAAAUGGUGAAGUGUAAAUAUGGAUACACAGACUUUUCAAGGCCCAUUUUACAAUUGUGUAACAAAAUAUUUUAAGCUAGUAUCAUUAUUGUAAGUAACUCACUUAAGACAAGAAGACUUAAGCUGUAACAUUGGUUAAUAUUAGAAAUAUAUCCAUAUACAAAAUCUUCAUGUAGAUCUAUUAAGUCAUUGAUUUUUUUUUAUUAUUUGAAGCUAUAAAACUAAAGGCAUUUUGCAUCUUGUCAUUUAUUCUGAAUGUAAACAUAUUUGUUUUAACAGAUUUUGAUGACAUGUGAUCAUCAAAGAUGUUGUCUUUUAGUUUUACGUCAGUUUUGAAUCUUGUAUGAACAUAAAACUAUGUAAGACCUUUGUGAAUUACAACUGAGGUACACACCCCUAAAUUGCUUUGAAAAGUUAGAUAUGAACUGGUUACUAUUACCAACAUUUCUUGGAAAAAGGUUGAAUUAUUAUUUCUUUCUUUCGUGUUGAUACUGGUCAUUAUGAAGUAUUUAUGUAUUUCAUUUAUGUAUAAAUUCCAUGGUACAGAGACUAAUAAAUGGUACCAUAUUCACAAACACCUCAAGUCGGAGACUGUAAUUUUAUUUUGAUUGUAUUAUUAUUUUUGCUGCAAGAAAAAUAUCAAAUAUGUAAAGAAUAACAAUUUUCACCUUAUUCUUUAAAUCAUUAAACAUCUCUUGUAAAGAAACGGGAAUGAUAUAUUGAUAUUUGGAAUUUAGAAUUUUUAAAAAUUGGAUUUGUUUUCUCAAUAAGUCAUGCAAAACAUUAUAUAAUGAAUAAAUUUCCAAUUUGACUGAAAACUUGAGUGAAUAUGAUUGGCCAUUUUUGUAUUUAUGUAUUCAUAUUACUUUAUGCUAUGGAUUGUAAAAGUCUUUAACAUAAUUCAAGACAGACCAAAUUCCAAAUGAAUCAAAUAUACUUUGCAAAUUUUAUUUUUAGACUUUUAUAAUAUAGAUUUUAACUUCUAGAAACCGAAAAACAUCUCACCUCUUUACAUAAACAAUACUUCUAAUUCAUAAAUUGAAUUUUGAAAACAAAGUAAGAAAAGUUACAUAUUUACAUACAUUCAUUCCUUUGUUAGUAAUUCAUGUGUUUAGGGAUAUGUUACCGGUAAUAGGGAAUUUUACGGAUCUGGGCCAAGUUCAUGAGAGAAAGUGGACAUAUUAUGGAAGCAUAAUAUCCCUUUGUAAUACCCUUUUUCCUUGAAAAAUUACUAUCCUUUAUAUAAAGGUACUGUUUCUUGUUAUAUUUUCAAUAAUAUCAUAUUUGUUUUCAUUAUAAGUGUCAAUGAAAUGCUUGGAUGAUGCUUAUCGAAACAACUGAAAUAAUUUAAUUAAUUAUACACAUAUUUUGUACAUAAACAGAUAAAAAUUUACUUUUUGGCGAUACCUAUUUUGUUUUCAAACUAUUUUGUAUCAAAUUAUCCCUCAAAGAAAACAUAUUACUGGUAAAAAAAAAUAUUCUUAAAUGUAGACAUGAGCCAUUUCAAAAAUUGGUUUCAGAAUUUUAGAUAUUUAGAUAUCAUGGGUUGGAUUCAUUUUUGUGAGGUAAAUCCAUUAUCAGUUAGUAAAAUUGGAUAAUUUUUUGGGGUUAAUCCAUUACUACUAAAAAUGUGAGGUUAACCCAUUCUCUGUAAAAAUGUUGGGUAGGUCCAUUCUUAGUAUUGUGGGGUUGAAAUUCAUUCAUAUAAAACUUGAAUAAAUGUGAAACUAGAGUCAUCUACAUGUUCUUACAUUCUUGUCUUAAAUUUGACAUGUAUGAAAAACAUAUGUUAUGGUAACACACCUACGUAGCGUUGUACAGUCUGUUGUGCGAGUUACAUGACCUGUGAGUAUUAUAUCUCUUUAGUGUAAUUGGUAUUACGAUAUCGUGUUAUAUGAAAUCAUUCCAUUUCUGAAAACAUUUCAUAGGCUCUGUAUAAUAAUGUUGUCUUCAUUUGUUGCUGUGUUGUUGUUGUUUUUCUUGAAACAUAUGGGCACACUUCUAUGAUGUAUAAAAUAUUCAUAAAUUUUUCUUUGUUUUGACCAACAUAAAAACAGGACAUUGUUUUUAUCACUCAUUGGUAAUGUCAUCAUUUUUUGGGAAUGUUAUUGGUUGAAAACAUUUUGUUAUAUAAAUAGCAAAAAAAUGAACUUAGUAUUCUUGUGGUUCAUUGAAUCAUUUAAUAACGAGCUAUUACGAAGAUCAACCUAACAUCUUAUUUGCAAAGAAACACAGAAAUAAAUCAUUUUUAAUUUCUAUUCACUCAAUUUGUAAAAACAAAAACAAAAAUGUUGAUAAAAAUAUAUUUCUUUGAAAUGUCGUCCUUACGAAAUUGUUUGCUUGCGGUUUCCCAACCAAAUAAGUAACUUAUAAUGCUUACAAGUAUGACAGUAUAUUUAUUAUAAAUGUUAUUUAUUUAAUUACAAUUGUAAAGAAAGUAGUAUAAACUAAUGCUAAAACACUCUAAAUAGCAAGAUGUUGCGCGAAAUUGCCACUCUUUAGUACCAGGUGUAAAUAAAUAUGUUUUUUUAAGCAUAUUGUUCUCUUGUUUAAGGACAUUAUGAUAACAUACAUACCGAUCCACUAAAAGAAUACCUGGGUUAGGUACUGCCAACAAACAAUUCUUAAGAUUGGCCUUAUGUAACUAUUAUUUCUUUGGUGCAUUUACUGCACUGUUUACGGCACUCACUCUGCAGCAUAAUACACCUGGUGUGGUUGUUAGAUGUACAUGUACCGUAUACAUGCACAUUAUACAUGUAUCAUAUAAUAGUGUGUAUUUUGUCACGUACCAAAUUGGUCAGUGAUAUUUUAACACAUGUACAUUAUACAUGUACUGUAUAGCUGUACCAUAUAAUAGUGUAUGUUUUGUCACGGACCUAUCGAUCAGUGGUAUUUUACACAUGUACAUUAUACAUGUACCGUAUACCUGUAGCAUAUAAUAGUGUGUGUUUUGUCACAGACCAAUUGGUCAGUGGUACUGCAUACAUUCACAUUAUACAUGUACCGUAUACCUGUAGCAUAUAAAAAGUGUAUGUACCGUAUAUAUUCCAUGUUGUUGUUGUAAUUUUUAUGAAGUUGGUUUGUUUUUGAGGUUGUUAAGGAUUUUGAACCCUUCAGACUUGCAUGCUUUUUUAAAUGAUAACUGGUUGUUAUUUUGACUUCGAUAAUUUAUAAACUUGUAUUUGAGAUCUUUGGCAUAAAAAGUGACCAGUAUGGAAAAGACAGUUAUUGAAAAAGUAAGAAGUACUAUGUCAGGUAUGAAUAUUAAUUCAAUCUUUUAAUGUAUCACUAAUAAUAAUUAUUAGAUUUUUGAAUUACUGCUUAUGCAUAUGUUUUUUUAACUUAAGACCAGUAAUAUAUUUAAUAUUCUUAAAGACCAUACUCGCAAAAGUUAAUUUAAACUAAGUAAAUCAUUUGAUGCAGUUAUAAAGGCCAAAAUCCUAUAAAGUUUAGGUUUCUGUGAUACGUUUUGUUUAAUUUGUUAAUUUGUUUAUGUUUUUUUUAAAUGCAGUUUUAACAAAAGAAAGUUCCUUAUGCAGGUACUUUGAAAUAUUGAUGUGAAAUAAAAUAGUUCCGGCUGGUUUUCGGAGUGAGAAAUUAUGAAUUUUACAAUGAAAACUACAGGGACAAGCCCAGUAGUCAGACAUUCAAACAUAAAUUCCGUUUAGAGGCACAAGGUUAAAGGUGCACUCUCACAGAUUGAAUGUUUUGGCAGCUUUUUUUAUUUUUUGUCUUGGAACGAGCCAAAUUUUGCGAAAAUCCAUGGAAACCAGUUAUAUAAGACUGCUGACAAAAAAAAUAGAUCGCAGAUUUUUAUAUUUGAGUGUUUUGUGCAUUUUCCUAAACCGUUAGUAACAGUUAAAGCCAUAAAACAUUAAUUUUCGAACGGAAUCAUGAAAAUCUACGAUCUGAUUUUUUGUAAGCAAUCUUAUAUCAUUGGUUAGCAGAUGUUAACGCAAAAAUUUGCUCUUUCCAAGACAAAAAUUUAAAAAUUUGUAAAAAUGGUACAUCUGUGAGAGUGCAGCUUUAAGGCCAAAAUGACACUUAAAGAUAUCAACUCGCAUUCAGAAAUCCGCAGCUUUUUUUUACGAAAACAUCCUUGGUUGUAUGCCGGUACAUUAUUAAAAGUAGUUCCUUACAUUUUGAAUUAUAUUAUUCAUUAACUGUAGUGUUUAAGCUUGUAUUUGUAGAUCUAAGUUUAAAUUGAUUGCCAGUGAAGUGUAUACCUAAUUAAGAUUCUGAAGAGUUAGGUCAUUAAAUUUAACUACUAAAUUGAAAUUACUACGUGAUCUACAUGCAGCGUAUAUCAAGUGUACUGAUUUCUGACAUAGACAGUAAACCGUCCUUUAUACAUCCAAGGUUGUUUUCGAUAAAAAUGGCAGAGGAGCUCCGAACGAUCAACUCGAGGAAAUAAAACCAGCUGUAGUGAAAAGAAAAAAAAAAUAGAAUUAAUUAGUUACAAAAAAAUGUGUACUAGUAAAAUGUAAUGCUAUUUUUAACUGGGUCUGUCAGUUAAUAUGAGUUUUUGUCAAUGUUCAUGACUGAAUGGAGAAAAGUGAUCAUCUUCAUUUGUUUAUCAUAUCAAGUAGCCAUGGUUUUGUUUCAUUGUUUAUUGACAUCAGUUAUGAAAGGCUGUCACAUCAAACAUAUAGGUGUAUGUUUCAUUGUUUGGUACAUGUACCUAAACUCACAGUGGCCAGUUUCAGCAAGAAUUCUAGGAAAUGUUUCGUUCUUAGUAGAGAUUUUUGACACAAGUACUGCACUGUUAAAAAUCUCUCUAAAAGCUGCACUCUCACAAAUUAAAAAUCUGUGAGAGUCAGCUUUAAGUUUGAAACUGAUUCUAGAAUUUUUGGUGAAAGGCCUCCUGAUAGCUGAAGAAUGUGGCUACUAUUUCAUUUUCUAAGACAAUUCUGGUCAUAUUUUAAAGCUCCAUCAUUUCCAUAGUUUCAUCUACUUGUAUGUCAGUCAUACAUGUUUUAAAUCAAUUUCUAACAUUCCCCAACAUCUUAUGUGUUAGAUGUAAUAUCAUGCUAAAUACUUUAAGUGAGGCCAAACAAUUUGAAACGUUUGUUUCUGAGUUUACAGCCAAAAAAAUCAUAGAAUAAGUGGUCAGGAUUUUUGAAAAAUAAUAAAAUAACUGUAAAUCAAGCUCUGUCUUAAUAUCAUUGUCACACUUCAAAGUCUUGUCAUUGGUCCAUCACCAUCAGACACCAGCCAUGGGUAUUUUGAUGAUGCUUUUGGUCAGGAUUAAUGUUAAACAGAGCCCCUAUGAAAACUAUGAAUUUGGGCAUAUUUUGAAUUUAAAAAAAAUACCACAAAUUGGAAGCCCAGAUAAAAAAAUGUUUGAUGGCAAUUGGAAAAUAAGGUUGAGCGAAAAAUUUGGUUAGGUUAGGAAACUGGAAACAUAUAUUGUUUUUGUUAAGCCUUACAAUUGAAAACAAUGAGGAAAUCUUCAAUCACUCACAUCACCAACAACAGUAGAGGUUUAGAAACUGGUUCUUGUGGAAUUUUCUUCUUUUUCUUUGUAGUUCACACCACCUGACAAUAAUAUUUAUGUCAUGCAGUUGUUUUGUUGGUGAAUAAAAGUCUUUUGUCCAAAA